GAGGGGUGCAGCCUCUGGUUGUGGGGCAGAAAGAACACGCGAAGGGCUCCGCUGACAUUGACAGUGGACGGUUUAAAACCUCGCUAGGAUUUUCACUGUAUAUAUGCCUUGUUUCGUGGGUCCACGGGAAGCAUGAGUCUGUUGGGACUUGGGACAAGAAGAAAACAAGACAUCUUCACAAGGAAUACCAGACAAUAAUAAAAAGUAUCCCAGAGUCUGAAGAGAUAGAACACAAACAUGACCGACAGAGGACUUAGGGAUCCUCCAGAGGACUCUCAAAAGGAUUUGGAAAAUGACCCAUCAAUAAAUUCUCAGGCACAGGAGACCACAGUCACAACAAGUACCACUGAAGAAGCUCAGACCCCAAACCCUGCCUCUGGUCUUAACAAAGACCACCAAGAGGUGGAAACAGUAGGUCCAGGAAGUGCAGAUACAGGUGAUCAAUCAGAAAGUCCAGAUGAAACAAAUGAUGGGAAAUAUCCAAAGGAUAAAACAGAACAUGAGAACAACCAGAGAUUUCAGGAUGGAGAAGAAAGGCAUCCCGUCCAUUCAGAAAGUCUCGGUCGAGACCCCUUGGAUCCAGAACCCGCCCGUUCUCCAGGUGACAAGGGAGGAAGAGAAGGUGCACACGUAGGGAGCAGCUCUGCAGCCCUCCCUGAGGAAGCGAGCGACAGACCCGGAGCUUCACAGGAGCCACCUGCUGUUGACCCUCAGGAUGCCCAGAGUCCUGGUCAUUCCAGUGCGCCGCUGGAGAGCCAGGAGACACUGAGGAGGCGACCGCAGGUGCCAGAGGCUGUAAGUCAUCAACAAGAAACACAAAAAUUGGGAGAAAACAAAGAGAAUGCACAGCAUACCUUAAGAAAGCCUAAUAAAAAGGAUUUUUGGACUUAUGGCUCUAUCUUUUGUAUCUUCCUAGUUGUGGCUCUUGUUUUGCUAAGUUCUAUUACUAGCUACUAUUUGUCUCCAGGCCAGCAAGUGUCUAAAAAUCCAGCUUUGGAGGCCUUCUUGGUUCAGUUCAGCCAACUGAAGGAUAAAUUUCCAGGCCAGAGUUCCUUUUUGUGGCAGCGAGGACGUAAGUUUCUCCAGAAGCACCUCAAUGCUUCAAAUCCCACUGAGCCAGCCACCAUCAUAUUUACAGCAGCUCGAGAGGGAAGAGAGACCCUGAAGUGCCUGAGCCAUCAUGUUGCGGAUGCCUACACCUCUUCCCAGAAAGUCUCUGCCAUUCAGAUUGAUGGGGCUGGAAGAACCUUUCAGGACAGUGACACAGUCAAGCUAUUGGUUGACAUGGAGCUGAGCUCUGGAUUUGAAAAUGGCCAGAAGGCUGCAGUGGUACACCGCUUUGAAUCCCUUCCUGCGGGCUCCACCUUGAUCUUCUAUAAGUAUUGUGACCAUGAGAAUGCUGCCUUUAAAGAUGUGGCCCUGGUCCUGACCGUUCUACUAGAGGAGGAAACAUUAGAAGCGAGUGUUGGCCCAAGGGAAACAGAAGAAAAAGUGAGAGAUUUACUCUGGGCCAGGUUUACCAACUCGAACAGUCCCAAGUCCUUCAACCACAUGGACUCAGACAAGUUGAGUGGGCUGUGGAGCCGUAUUUCACACCUGGUGCUACCCGUGCAGCCAGUGAGGAACAUAGAAGAACAGGGGUGUCUUUGAUGAGCUAAGCACGGAGUUGGUUAUGGAAGGCAUGGGUUUAUUAAAAAAUUUAAAAGCCUUCCAUUUAUGUGGAAAGAGAUUGAUGAAUGUGAGGAAAGCACAAAUGAGCUUAUUUUAGAAAAUAAUUUUUCAUUUUUUACUUUUUGUAAAAUCUUUCUAAUCUAAGCUUGACAAAGCUAAAAAAUUUGACCAGAUUUUUUUCCCUUGCCUGUCAAGGAAAUCAGGUUUGAAAUAUACCAUGGUAUAUGUAACUGAGGAAUUUUUUUUAAUGCAAAAAUAUAGCAACAGAAUCAUUGCACAGGAAGAGACUCUUCUCAGAGUAGCUACAGAGUGAUUUUUGUUUUCUUGAGACUCUGAAGAGCCUUUUGGAUAGUGUGUGGACUUGGACUAAAGCAAUUACAGUUAUGAAGCAAUGAUAAUUUUUAGAAAAUUUUUCUAUUACAUGUUAAAUAUUUUAAUAACCUAUUGUGAGAUUACAUCUUAUACUAAUUUGCACUUUUGAAUAGUAUGAAAAAAAAAGAAACAAAUUCAAAUACUUAUCUAAAAACUAUAUGUAAGGCACUGCUUUUAUUCCGUUAAGGAGCUGAGGUAAAAGCAGGUGUACUCAAGAAGUGUUAUUAAAAAUUGGAAACAAUGGGGAAAUUGUUUAUAAUCAUUGGAAAUGAAGAAAUUCCAAUUGCCUAUAUCUUUACUUCAGCUUUCUUGAAUGAUUUAGAGCAGUGAUUUUUAGGGUGUGUCUGCUGGCACCCCUCUACUUUGUAUCAGAGCAGUUCUACUUUGACUUUUUUAUAUGUUGGGAUUCUCUAUAAGAUUUAAUGGG